ACAAGUCGAGCACGCAGCAGUACACAGCCGCCGCCGCCAGCCCUCCUCUUCCCAUCUCGUUCGAGGGUUCCCGGCGGCUACCUCUUCUGCCGGCCGGUCAGAAGAUGACGUCGCCUCUGACGGAGAUCCCGGACCACCUCCUGGCCGAGAUCUUCCUCCGCCUGCCCGACCCAGAAGACCUCGUCCGCGCCUCGGCAGCCUGCGUCUCCUUCUACCGACUCACCACCGACGACUCCUUCCUCCGCAGAUUCCGCCGCCUCCACGUACCAUCAGUACUCGGAUUCCUUCAGGCAGGCGGCAUGUUCCGUUCCACCAUGCCGCCUCACCCCUCCGCGCCCGCCGCCCGCACGCUCGCCCGCGCCGCCGACAUCUACUUCUCCUUCAUCCCCUCCCGUUGCCACUGGACCGUGCAGGACAUCCGCGGCGGCCGCGUCCUCCUCGCCCGUGACCUCCGGCAAGAUGAGCUGCCCCUUGCACCGGUCUUCAGAGAUCUCGCGGUGUGUGACCCAUUGCACCGGCGGUACGUCCUGCUCCCCCGGUAACUCACGACCUAGCCGCUUCACUUGAGCACCCGUUCCCCAUGGUAUGCCCGGGCGCCCGGCCCGGUGCAAGCCCUUCCUCGUUCCCCUUGGCGAGGAGGAGGCAGCAGCGGGAGAGACGGCAUUCAGGGUGAUCUUGGUGGCACAUUGCAUAACUAGUCUGGCUGCGUUCGUCUUCUCUUCGAGCACGGGACAAUGGCAAGCCGCUGCAUCCAAGGCUUGGAGUGAUUUGGGCCUUGGCGAGCGCGACAUGGCCGAGAUGUCACAGGUCCACCCUUUUAUUCUCAGCCGCCAUUAUGCUUAUGGCUGCUUCUGCUGGGACUGGGUGGAGUUCGGGAGGAAAAAGUUGCUCUUGCUUGACACCACGAAGAUGGAGUUCUUCAUUGCUAACCCCCCGCGCAGAAAAUGGAGCAAGGUUGGUAUAGCCAUUGUGGAGGCAGGGUAAGGCAGGCUUGGGGUAUUUGGUUUCCGCGGUGAAACUUCAUCCGACCUCAGCUAUAUGGUUGCACGGAACAAAGGUGAGAGUCCCAGCCAGUGGGUGAUGGAGAAACCAAUUUCACUAGAUUCAGGGUACAAAUAUUUUAUCAGAGAUGCAACACAGAGGUACUUGCUCUUGACAAAGAUAGAAGCCUCAUCUCUGGAGAAUCCACUUGUUGGAUAUUUCUCAAUGGAUGUCAAGACAUUGCAACUUCAGAGGAUUUAUGACGAACCGCAAUAUCUUAAGUAUGAGACAUACACAUAUAUCAACUUCCCACCAUCAUUAUUGUCUUCAAGGAGAAUAUGAAGUGGUAAGGUUUCUAUUUCUUCCAAGUUAUCUCUUUUCCCUUCAUAAUUAUCACAUGGCUUGUCUAUUGCUUCAUGUUCAUUAUGGCAAGACGUAAUUCUUGUUGGAUUUGGUAGUGUUCAAUUUCAUGUGCUCAUGGCUCAUGGGAAAACUAAGAAAGCUCGGGAAAAUAAUUGUGUUUCUGUUCUUGUUUGUUUUGAUCGCCUUUUUAAGAGAAUGGGGUUAGUAAGAGAAAUGAUUAUGUACACUAUGAGUAGCUUAUGCAUGAAUCCAGAUGGAAUCACUAAAAACAGCAGGUCAUUAUAAUUAUUUUCAAGUAGUAGUUUCGAUGAUCAAGAUAAAGUAGAAUGAAUAUAACUUUAUAUCCAGUUUACAUUGGAUUAUUUCACCUCGAGAAAAUUCAUUCCAGUUAAGGACAGCUCAUUUUGUACACUUUUUCUUUUGAUAGAUGCAGGGAGGCAGAAAAGUUCUCUUUUAGUCAUCUUCAGAUGUAUAAUUUUAUCGUGCAGUGUUGUUUUGAGAUAAACAACUGGUAUGGUCACAAGUAAGAUCCUAAGUCACUGCUCUAAAUAAGAAUAGCUUGUUCUCACAGGCAACUGAGAUUUUAUCCUGUGAUGUUGUCUUAUCUAAAAUCAACCUCAUAAGAUCAAUGGAGUGCUUAUCAGCAUAGGCAAUUGAAAUUGUUCAAUUUUGCAGUCAAUCGCUCCAUCACUCUUAGCUAUUCAUAUCAUUGUUGUGAUCCUAAUCUCAAAGCAAAUCAUAUUGGUUGAGAUGAUUGACUGAACUUUAGAGUUUUCAGGUGACUGUAUUGUAUUGUUUCUCGCUACUAGCACACCCCAGUUUCUUUCUUUUCUUUAAGUAGAAGUUAAAAAAAAGUGCUAGAGUGUGCCUAGGCAGUAAAUGAACUCCUGCAGAACAAAGGUACCAGUUUUGCAUGUGUUUUUCAGGACUGAUUCCUUUAGGGGUUCACGUGCCUCUCUCUGGCCAUCUAUUCCAACUUACAAUGGCGCCCACACUGAAGUUCUGUGGAGUCGUUACCAUAUCAGCUCUCCGAGUUCAAAGUGACCGCAGUUUCGAUAGCGUGGAGUCCUUGCGGAUGUGAUCACCUUGCUGGCAAUCUCCAGAAUUCCACCUGGCAGUGGUCAUGUCUUGUUUUCAUGUUACUUGUAGGCGUGGAGUACACCUAUUUGCAGUGAUGUUAGUGGGAGAUGGAUCUGGCUGCUCCCUGCCUAAUAAGUGAAUCUGACAAUGAAAUUAACAGUUUAAGUCAAUCAAGAGCUGUGGGUAAAUCUUGCUGCUGCUGUAUAUCUGGAAGUCCCAACUUAUUUUUUCUUAACUAGAGAUGACAAAAUAACCAACCAAAAUAACUGUUUUAACCUUGUGGAAGAAGUUUAGCAUGAUUUGAUCCCGUUUCAAAAGUUUUGUGUGAUCUGACCCUCGUGCAAAAAAAAAUUUGGGGUCAAGUCGUGCUAAUUUUUUUCCACAAGGUCAAAACAGUGAUUUUGGCCCAGGGAUGAGGAACUUUGACCAAGUGAAAAAUACCUGAUGCAUGCUUGAGAAAACAAAGGUGUAGGAAUUAAUGUCGAAUAGAAUCAGCUAACUGGAAUAAAUACAAGUAGGGAUCAAGGUAAACCUGAGAAAACUGUUGGGGUUAGCGGAUGCAUCUGAAACGACUCUCUGAUGCUGCACCUCCUCUGAAUCUCUGAUGCUGCACCUUCUCUGAUGCCUGAUGCUUUGAGCAUAUAAUAGAAUCGACGUUGAUGCA